AAAAAAAUUUUGGAAAAUUUUCAUAUAAAAGAAAUAAAAACACAUUUAAAGUGAAAAAAGAAUAUUUCUUUCAAACAAUUAAGAACUCUCCGACCUACACAGGUUGCAUUUAAGCGCUCUUUUUUACAUGAAAUGUAUAUUAAUUAUAGACGACUGUAUCUCAAUAUGUAUGAAGAAAUCAAAAAUUUUGUCACACUCCUGCAUCAUGGACCAUAAUCCUCAUAAUUUGAUGUACCCGCUCGCACAAACGCACGUCAUUUUUGCUAAUAUUGCGAUUGAGUACGGCUAAUCGCUUUUAAAAGCAAUUCUUACCUUACUGUUAAAUUCACAAUGUAACUUAGAACGCGUCCCGAUCCGCACCGUAGCUUUAACAAGUGCUUUCUUCACAAAAUUACUGCAGACUCAUCAAUUCAGUCAAGCAGUUGAGUAAGUCUGUUAAUUUGUCAAACUGCAUAAUUAUGUUUACGGCAAUACGUGAUGACUACAAUAAUGGAAAACGCGCGUAUACGCCUAUAGUCCCACGAAGGAAAAGUGAAAAAAUUCAAAAUGACUACCAACAUAUGUAUGAAGGAAUUCCUCUUUAUCACAUAAUUCAACCUAUUUCAGAAAGUUUGGGUUCGCCUCGCCUAUAUAAACAUUCAUUCCAAAAAGUGUAUCCUUUGAACAAAUAUUCAGAUGACUUUCUCCAAGUUUCUAAUGCAAGAAAUUCUCAAAAGUAUGAGCCAAAGCGGUUUUUAAAUAACUAUGACGAAUAUAAAAAUAAGGAGAAUUACCGUUCAUUUAUAAACAAGGAAGUUUUGGGAGAACCCAUUUGGGACUUUUCAAAAGACGAGAUUUUACAUUUACAACCCACGCGCAAAGCAGGCUUUGAGCACAAGAUUGCAAAACGAGUGAAACCAAAACCAUCCUUAGAUGAAAAAGAAAGUUUCAUUUCAAGCAGACCUCUUGUGGGAAAGCUAUUAAAACCAAAAAAGAUGCAGUGGCAGAAUAACCGAAACGUACUUGCAAGUCCUAAUACCGCUGAUUAUUACGAUUAUAACAAGCAAAGAUAUUUCGUAACUGUGCCCAAUUACUGUGUUAUAUACUCUGGUGGAACUCUUUGCAAAAUGGAAAUCUGCGAAAUCAAUAUUCACUUUAUACCUCUUCCAUCAUUUUAUGGCAUAAACGUGAAGAAAGGCGAUUUACAUAAUUCCACUGAAGUUAAUGAAAAAGCAUUACCCCAAGCAUCCGCUAAGGCGGAUAAAAUCGUUAACGUGGAGGAGAAGGAGACUAUUUUGACGACAAUACCGGAUAUUGAAGACAGAACUUUCAAAACUAUGUUACAUGCAGCAAAAGUUCACUCUGGUAUGGUAAACGAUCGAGUAAACACAAUCGCGAAUAGGAAAUAGGAAUUUUUAUACAUGCGAUAGCUGUUCAUAAACAAAAUAUGAAAAUUCUUUUGAUCGCUCUUAAUUGCUUAAAUAAGGGUAAAUAAAAAAAAAACACACUGGGAUAUAUAACUAAAGUACAUUUCCAUUACCAAAAUUAAAUC